CCGGGCCCCAGUGAACAACCACAUUGUUAUACGGAAAAAACGCGACCGAUACAAUGCAGUGGUCAUUUGUGCUACUAAUUACAACGUGCGCUAUUAGCGUGCUAUCAUCGCCAGCCCCUCCAUGUUCCACUAACGGUGCCUUCUUUGCCGACGAUGAUUGCACGAAGUACUGGAGUUGCGCCAAUGGAAUUGCCUACGAGUUCUCUUGUCCAGCUACUUUGAACUUCAAUCCGUCUAGUGAUGUUUGCGAUUAUGCUGCCAGUGCAGGAUGCACUGGGAAGGGCUGGGAUGACCCUACUGAACCGCCUUUGGUACCAACAGAUGCUUCUACUCCAGCUCCAGACACUCCUUCUACUGCAACUUCUCCUGUAGCUCCAGAUACUCCUCCUGCAACAACUUCAAGUCCAGCUCCAGAUGCUCCUUCUACAGCACCUUCUAGCCCACCUCCAGAUACUCCUUCUACAGCAUCUUCUAGCCCACCUCCGGAUACUCCUCCGACAACAACUACUCCUGUAGCUCCAGAUACUCCUACAACAACCUCUUCUCCAGCUCCAGAUACUCCGUCUACAACAACUUCUAGUCCAGCUCCAGAUAGUCCUUCUACAGCACCUUCUAGUCCACCUCCAGAUACUCCCCCUCCAACAACUACUCCUGUAGCUCCAGACACUCCUUCUACAACAACUACUCCUGCAGCCCCAGAUACUCCCUCCACAACUUCUACUACAGCUCCACGUACUCCUUCUAGCCCACCUCCAGAUACUCCUCCUCCAACAACUACUCCUGUGGCUCCAGACACUCCUACAACAACCUCUUCUCCAGCUCCAGAUACUCCUUCUACAGCACCUUCUAGCCCACCUCCAGAUACUCCUCCUCCAACAACUACUCCUGUAGCUCCAGACACUCCUACAACAACCUCUUCUCCAGCUCCAGAUACUCCCUCUACAACAACUUCUAGUCCAGCUCCAGAUAGUCCUUCUACAGCACCUUCUAGCCCACCUCCAGAUACUCCUCCUUCAACAACUACUCCUGUAGCUCCAGACACUCCUACAACAACUACAACUUUAGCUCCAAAUACUCCGUCCACUACUACUAGUACGACUACAACACGGCCGUCUACUGAAUCUUCUUCAGUCAUACCGCCAGUAGAUCCCACAUCUGCUCGUCCCUAUAUUCCCUGCUGGUUGUACUGGUGGGAACCCUGCUGGGACCCUCACCACCAUUGAGCCGUGAGGCAGCAACCCACAUGCAUCGUACUCAGGGAUUUUGUCAACUUGCUAGAUUUGAUUAAAUUAUUUUUCUUGUA